AUGGCCGACAGCAAGAUGGAAUACGUUCGCCUUGGAAACUCGGGUCUGAAGAUCUCCAAGAUUAUAUUGGGGACCAUGGGCUAUGGCAGCAAGCAAUGGCAAGAUUGGGUCCUGGAUGAGGAAGACUCACUGCCUCUGAUUGAACAUGCCUACAAGCAGGGAAUCAACACGUGGGAUACGCGACGAGGGGGACUUCCCCCUAUCGCGGCAUGUGCGACAAAUGAUGGGCCCAUCGUCAACCGUGUCGGCUUGUCACGGAAGCAUAUCUUCGACGCCGUCGAUGCCAGCGUCAAGCGUCUGGGCACAUACAUCGACGUGCUGCAAAUCCACCGCUUGGACCGGGAAACACCGCGCGAGGAGAUCAUGAGAGCGCUGAACGAUGUCGUUGAGAGUGGCAAGGUCCGGUACAUCGGUGCCAGUUCGAUGGCAGCCUGGGAAUUCCAAACUCUCCAAAACAUCGCCGACCGCAAAGGCUGGCACAAAUUCAUCUCCAUGCAAAAUUUCCACAACCUGCUCUUCCGUGAAGAAGAGCGCGAGAUGAUUCCCUACUGCCAGGACACUGGAGUCGGCCUCAUCCCCUGGUCCCCGAUUGCUCGGGGCGCACUGGCGAAGCCGUGGGGCUCGCGUGAAUCGGUGCGCGAGAACAGCGACGGCGCGCUGAAGAUGUUUGUUCGGAGCCGCGAGUCAGAGGCCGAUAAGGCUAUUAUUGACCGCGUCGAGGAACUCGCUAAGAAGAAGGGUGUGAGCAUGGCGCAGAUCGCUAUUGCCUGGUCUUUGACUCACAAGGGCGUGAACCCGAUCGUUGGACUGCAUAGCGUUAAGCGCAUUGAUGAGGCUGUUGAUGCUAUCAAGGUUCAGCUGUCGCAGGAGGAGAUCAAGUAUCUGGAGGAGCCGUAUGUUCCUAAGGUUGUUACUGCGCUUGAGCGAAUGCACAUGUUCAUCCAAAAUAUUCUAUCCUCUAUCUGUGUAGUGGACGUCCCUAAUGUUGUAGAAGAGCUGAGCGGUGGCUGGCUCCGGCGGGAACCGAUUAUUGGGGAAGACGCCUGCUCUGCAGGUUCCGCAACGAUGGUGAGACCUUACCCAGUCUAUUCUUUCCACCUCCUCAUCCUUUCCCAACAUGAUGAUACCUUUAACCACACAAACUAG